UAUUCUCAUAUGUCUAAAAGUCCUUUAUCUUUUCUUUCAGUGUAUGCAGUUUCUUCAUGCAGUCCUGAUGGACUCAGCUAUGCUUGCUACUAUGAUCAAAGAUUAAAGACUUGGAUUUCUUCUUGUUUCACUGCUCACUGGCUACAACACACCGAGAAAGUAAAACUCAGCACAACCUCAUUUGGAGAUCAGUUUUCUUACCUCAAGAAAAGGGUCAGCGAGUCUAAGAGUCAAAAGGGAGAUACACAGACACCAUGUAACUACGGUGACAUGAACAUACGCCAUUUAAUGUUGAGUGAAUUUCUUGGUGAAUCACGCAACUCAUCCCAGACCCUGGAAAGAAAAUAUGAUGAUCUUAUACAAGAGAUUCAGGAGCAGCCUGCAGGAUGUGUUGUGGCCUGAAACAGUGUCUUCCUCCUGUAUCAUGACCAGAGGACGAGACCAGCACAAAGACGCACUCAUUCAUCCUCAAUGGCAGCUUUUGUGUCCACAGCAGCAGGGAAACAUCUUGAAGCUGGCGGUGAUGUGUGCUGCAUGCCGACCUGCUGGAACUUUUCACACAGAGACGAGAAAAGCACAUGCUGUGCGGCUCGGUGCGAGUCUCCUGUCUCUUACCUGAACACAGUCUCUGUGUAAACUAACAGUCGAAUUACAAACUGAACUAAUCUGAACCUGAACGUUGGGAAAAUUUUCCUCAGGAUAUUAGAGUUUCUUCAGUUACUUGAUCUGGUUGUAGAAGAGAAAUAAAUCUGGUACUUCAAUACAGGACAGUUCAUGUUUAAGCAGGACAGUUCACACACACACACACACACACACAGACACACA